GCCGGGACAUGCCCCAGUGGAACCCGCAGAUGGGUAGUGAGAAAGAAAAAACAAAAACACUGCAUUCAUUGAGAUCACAAUUUGGAGGGACACUUGAAGGAUAAUCGUGUGUGGUGUGCCCCUGGGGGAAAGGGGACCCUCCAGCUGAAAGUUGUAGUGUGCCAGCGAGAGUUAGGGUGCACAGACCUGUGGCAGGGAAAAACCAGGUCCCUGGUGUCUUGUGUAAGGACACAAGAGAAAUAACCAAGCCUACAAAGUUAGAAUCUCAGACCUCAAGUUUUGUUAUGAGUUGCUAAGAUCAUGGUGAAAUGUUGCUCGGCCAUUGGAUGUGCGUCUCGCUGUUUGCCAAACUCCAAGUUAAAAGGACUGACAUUUCAUGUAUUCCCCACAGAUGAAAACAUCAAACGAAAAUGGGUAUUAGCAAUGAAAAGACUAGAUGUAAACGCUGCAGGCAUUUGGGAGCCUAAAAAGGGAGAUGUGCUGUGCUCCAGGCACUUCAAGAAGACAGAUUUUGACAGAAGCACUCCAAAUACUAAACUGAAACCUGGAGUCAUCCCUUCUGUCUUUGAGGCCCCGUAUCACCUACAGGAGAGGAGAGAAAAACUUCAUUGCAGAAAAAACUUCAUUCUCAAAACCCUUCCAGUCACUAAUCACAGUCACCAGCUUGUUGGUGCCUCGUGCAUUGAAGAAUUCCAACCCCAGUUCAUUUUUGAACAUAGCUACAGCGUUAUGGACAGUCCAAAGAAACUUAAGCAUAAAUUAGAUCAUGUGAUCAUCGAGCUAGAGAAUACCAAGGAAAGUCUACGGAAUGUUUUGGACCGAGAAAAACACUUUCAGAAAUCACUGAGGAAGACAAUCAGGGAACUAAAGGAUGAAUGUCUCAUCAGCCAAGAAACAGCCAGCAAACUGGAUGCCUUCUGUUGGGAGUGCUGUGAAAACACAGAAUGAGGCUGGAUCUGUGAAGUAAUUUCUCAUAUAGUCCAUCUGCAACUGACAUCGAUGAUGCUUCCUAGAAGACCCUCACUCCAUCACCAAAUCCUGUCAGCACUCACAGCACUUUGGAUGCCUAGCAGCAUUACACAUUAUCCCUGCUAGCCGGAAACUUACUGAAGAUGUGUAGAUUGUGUUGUGGUUAUGCUUUUGUAUGACUUGUGAUAAUUAUACAGACCUAAACUAGUGCUGGGUCACUAUUGUAAGACGGUUAAAUCUCAAAAAAGUAAGGAAAUAUAUCAAGAUGGCCUCAUUGGUUAUAGCAAUCAGAACAUCAGAAUUUUAACUUUGACUGCAUUUAUGUGUAUAUGCUUUAUAGUGAUUUUAAUUUUAAAUAUUUUACUAUAAAGCAGAAUUUGUUUACAGCACACAUUCGUCUUGCAUCCAACCCAAGGUGCUUUCGUUAUUAAUCAUGCUAAAGAGUAUUGUUCUUAAUAAGGCACUCCAUGGCACUGGCCCAGAGAAUAGCCCACAGAAAAGAUUUAUUGGCUUUUAAGAGCCAAUUAGAGGAGACUCCUGACAGGCUGACAGUUUUCUGGUACUACAUCAUUGCUCCUCACAAGGACUAGUCAGGAUAGCUUCAAACACCACAGGCUGAAAGCGCAUGUUUGACUCCAGUGAGCAGUUGUUACUGCACAAGGACGUGUCCUCCCUGCUGUUGUUUUCAUUCAGCUCUUCCAUGCACAGGGCUGCCACCAGCUGAAGAUUUGCAGUGCUCUUUUGUGGUUUUUAGGAAGGUGAUAUUACUGACACUUUGAAAACUAUAAAACAUAAGGAAAGCUAUUUCAAAUGUGGGGGUCUUGCAGUGGAAACAAACAGAACUGAUGACUGUCCAGUGACGGUACAGAAAAAGAGCAUGCAGAAGAGCUGUCUGGAAACUUCUUGCAAAAUACACAAAAGAAGAGCCUUAGCUAAUCACUGAUUGAGCCCAGUGUUAGGAAUUUUACUUCUCUCAAUUCCUUACCAAAAAACCUGCAGUUAAGAAUCACAAGUACUGUACAUUAAAAUAAAAAAUAUUAGCCAGAGUCCUACUACAUAUUAGGCACAAGUCUGAGGAUGAACUUAUUCGGAGUCUUUAGAAUGUGUGCGGCAAUUGUUUCAUUGUGUUAAGGAAUCACAUCCAGUUUUCAUUUAUUUGUUCCUUUUAACUUCAUUUGUUUUAUGUUAGUACCAUAAGGAUAUGGUCAGUUGAAGUUUGUUGUUGUUGUUGUUGUAUUUAAGAUAUUGUAUUUUCAUAUAGGACUUUAAAUCUUCCCUCUAGAAGAGAUUUUUUUUCCCAAUAUCUGAAAGAUAAUUAUUGUGCUAAGAUUGAAAUUACUGAGGUUCUUCUAUUACCCUCAAGUGUUUGGGGUUUGGUUUGGUUGGUUGGUUGUUGUUUUUUGUCUGCCUGUUAUUUAUUUUCCUUGUUUAUUUUUUAAGUCACAGUGGGUACUCUAACGAGAAGUGUGGGUAGAAUCUAAAUCCUCAGCCUGUAUGGGACAUGUAUAUUUAAGUUGGUGACUGGGCAGUGGCAAAAAGGAAAAGCGCAGCAGUGUCCAGACUUCCCCAACCCUGGCUGCCUGCAAUAAAGCAGGCCUGGAGGACUCUCAAGAGGAAGGUUCCAGUCUCUGCCCCAUUACAGUUGCACAGUCACUUUGGCUGCUGUGUCCUGUGACCUCAGUCUUUGUCCUCUCUUUCACUGGGUCUGUAUCACUGAGACAUUGGUAACUGGCUGGGAUAUCAGUAAGGACCCAGAGCCUCGCAUGUGCUCUUUACUCUUGGAGAAAUAGUUAUCAGUAGAAAUCAGACUUAAAGGUCCCUACCACCUGCCACUUAAAACAAAUGCCUGAACACAUGCCCUACCUCAGUCCUCUGCCCAGAGGUUGUAGCCCAGGUCUUCGGGGAAAGAACUGCUGUGUAUAAAGAAAGCUAAAUCGUGACCUAUCUGCAAGUCCUCAAGCAGCCUAGGCUGGCCUCAGGGCUCUAGUUUCUAAACAAGGACUGGCCUCUAGCCCCUGGAACACACUUGAGUUCCAAAGAAGAGCUAAGUGUGGUAUCUUCUCCAUUCAAGUUUAAAUUUGUGGAAAUAGACUUUGUUGCUAAAGGUACCUAUAAUUAUGCAAGUCUUUUAAUUUGAAAAAAAGGUGAAAAUACUAAAUAUAUACUUAGUUUUAGUUUUUAAAAGUAAAAUUCUGACAAGUAGUUGAAGAAUGGAAGCUAUUUAUUUGAAAAAUAAAAAUUUUGACAUGAAAGAAAA